AUGUCGGAUUCUGAUCUUCUCAUAAAAGGUGAUUUAAUUAAAUCAAGAUGGCGUGUGACACAUAAAAUAGGUGGUGGUGGUUUUGGACAAAUCUAUCAAGCAUAUGAUAAAUUACGUCGAGAAUUAGUUGCUGUUAAAGUUGAAUCAAAUUCUCAAGCAAGACAAGGUAUUCGAAUGGAAGUAACUGUUUUACGACGUAUACAAAAUCGUAAACACGUAUGUGAAUUAUUAUCUGGUGGUACAUCAACAUUAUAUAAUUAUAUGGUUAUAACAUUACUUGGUUCAAGUUUAAGUGAAUUACGAAAAAAUUUAUCUGAACAAUGUUUUACAUUAUCAACUACACUUCGUAUAAGUUUACAAAUUUUAGAUGCUAUUGAAUCAAUUCAUUCAAUUGGUUUUCUUCAUCGUGAUAUAAAACCAUCAAAUUUUGCUGUCGGAAGAAAAAAUUUACGACAUAUAUUUAUUCUUGAUUUUGGUCUUGCUAGAAAAUAUACAGAUUAUGAUCAACAUGUUCGACCAGCUCGAAUUGAAGCAGGUUUUCGAGGAACUAUUCGAUAUGCUUCAAUCAAUGCACAUAAUAAUCGAGAAUUAGGACGACAUGAUGAUUUAUGGAGUUUUUUUUAUAUGUUAAUUGAGUUUCUAAUUGGUUCUUUACCAUGGUCUAAAAUAAAAGACAAAGAAAGUGUUGGCCAUAUAAAAGAAAAAUAUGAUUACAAUCGUUUUCUAACAUAUUUACCAGAUGAAUUCAAUAAAUUUCUGGAACAUAUUAAAGUAUUACAUUAUGAAGAUAAACCUGAUUAUGAAUUUCUUCGAUCGUUAUUUAUUUCAUCUAUUCAACGGUUAGGCUAUUAUGAUGAUGAGCCAUAUGAUUGGGAAAAAAUAAAUGAUACAUUAGUUAAACUAGAACAACGAAAAGUUUCUUCAUUAGACAAUGAACGAAAAACAACAUCAGAAAAUAGUAUUGAUGUUAAACCAAAUCAAUCUCGAUCACCUGUACCUGAUCCAACGGAACAAAUAAAUCAUGAUGAACAUCAUGUUGAUGUAAAUUCACAAGUUAAAUGUCACAUAAAUAAUCGUCAAUUAAUUAGAUCAUCAAGUCGAACAAAUCAUCUGCAAAAAAUAAAUAAUAGUAAUCAUAAUCUUCCAUUACCACCUUCACAUUUUAUUCUCAAUAAUCGACAACGAAAUGCAUACGAAUUAGAUUGUAAAAAAUUCGAUUCAAUAGGCCUCGGUGAUCAACAACAAUCAAAUCAUGAAAAACCUCGGUCUCAGUUUGAAAGUCGAUCACCAAAUACAUUACUACAGCGAAAUACUUAUUUAAAUGCAAUCGAACGAGACCCACCUGUCGCAAAUGGUCUAUUAACAUAUAUAUCUCAACAAUUUUCUAAUGCUGCUGCACCUGGUACACCAAGUUUAUUCUCUCAAUGGACUCCACAUCAUGGAGAAACAUAUACUGAUGAUGAUAUAUUAAAAGGAAAUAAAAGUAAUAGUAGUAAAGCUGACGAACGAGCAAUAACUUUUAGUGGUGAACGAACAUCACCAGCACAUACUCGAUUAUAUCAGUUAAAUUCAACAAUAAGAAAUAAAUCAUCUGGACGAAAACCAUUUAUUAUUCUUUCAGAAAAUGUAUCCGAUGAUGAAAAUAAUAAUAACAAUAAUAACAAUCAAAUAUAUAAUUUCUCAACGAAUGAUCAAUGUUUAAUCGAAAAAAAUCCUGAAAUACCAUUUGGUACUUAUGUAAAAAAAUAUUCAAAAAAUACAAAUUACAGUCAUUAUAAUGAUCGGCGACAACAAAUAUCAUCAUCAUUUGGUUUACAAAAAUUUUCUAGAAAUAAAUCACAUUAUUCUUAA